AUGACCACGUCGACCUCGAGCCUGGACCGUCAACUCCGCCAGGCCCUCUGCGACCACCCCCGGCAGCAUGACUAUCGCUACAGCGCCAGUGCAAGCAACAGCCUCCUAGAAAUCCUUUUUCGCGCCCUGACCAAUGACCGAGCCGAUUACUUGCACGACCUCUUCCCAGAGGGCUUCCCUCCCUCAUACAAGCUGCAAGACGCACAAGGAGUACAAGAGAACGCCGAGUAUAGUGCAGCAGCCAGAGGCCAUCCGUGCGGGCACAUUUUCAAACCAGGAGAGGCCAGCUAUCACUGUAGCACCUGCACCGAUGACACGACCGCCGUCCUUUGUUCCCGUUGUUUCGUUGCAAGCGACCAUGAAGGCCACCAGUAUACCGUCAAUGUCAGUGCUGGAAAUAGCGGAUGUUGCGAUUGCGGCGAUGAUGAGGCGUGGAAGAGAUCGGUGAAAUGUGCCAUUCAUACCGCAAGUGACGAUUGGGCAACAACCGAUGAGCACGUCUCUCCAUUGCCAGGAGAUUUGCAAGAGUCUAUCCGCAGUACCAUUGGCACAGUUUUGGACUACUUUUGUGAUAUCAUAUCUUGUUCUCCCGAGAACCUGCGCUUACCCAAGACGGUGGAGUCGGUGACUCAAGACGAGGUGAAAAGUCGGCUCUCUGCAGAGCACUACGUGUCAGGAGAUGAAGUUGAAACCAAUCCUGAUUACUGCUUGAUCAUCUGGAAUGACGAGAAGCACACGGUACGUGAGGUACAGUCGCAAGUGGCCCGAGCGUGUCGUCAACGAGAGGCGUUCGGUCUGGCCAAAGCCGAAGAGGCCAACGACAUUGGCAGAAGUCUGAUCAGGCACUCUCGCGAUCUCAAAGAGCUCACCAGGAUGGCCAAGAUUAUCGAGGAAAUCAAAGUUACCGUCACCAUCAGGUCAUCCAGAGACACCUUUCGGGAACAGAUGUGUGGUACAAUCAUCGACUGGCUUGCCGAUAUCGCGGGUUCCAGCAUCGCAGGGGAUAGCCAUAUCCUAAGGAGGGUCAUUUGCGAGGAGAUGCUCCAGAUAUGGAGGAUCGGAAGUGAAGCAUGGAACGCCAAAGUGGGGAGAGAGGAUCUCGAUGAUCAUGGCGACGAGGAUGACCGCGAUUACAGAAGGAGGACAAGACUCCGCCUUUUCGAUCCCAUCCAACUCGCAAUGCAACGCGCAAUGGCGGGGGAAAUUCUGGAUGAGGAUGAAGCCAGUGACGGCAACGAGACCGGGGAAGUGGAUGAUGACGAUGAGGAUGAGGAUGAAGACGACAACGAACUAGUCGACGUGGAUGAUCGGGAAAUGAACGAUCUGAUCCUCACGGCCACCGUCUUCGACGCGUCGCAUCGCUUGGAUCUCCUGGCCGAACAAGCAGGCGACGCAGAUGUUACAGACGACGCCGAGGAGAUGGACACGGACGGUGACGGAGAUUUCUUGGAUAUUGCAGAACGCAUGGAUAUGGAUAGACCGUCACCUCCGCCGCCAGCCCUUCCUACUCAAGAUGUUGGAGACCCCGGAAACAAUGUGGCAAUGGGCGAGGACGCUUCUCCCACUGAUCCAGAUGGCAAUGCCAAUUAUCUCAACAUACCGAGGACGCCUGCAACCUCGUCGCGCAGGACACGACACCGAUCCACGCCGCCCAACCACUGGAAGUUAGCUCCGUCGGGUCAACCUCCCCAGAACGCAACCAUUCCUGUCUACGAAGAUCUGACGAAGAACAUCCGGGUGGACUCGAUGAUUCUCUUCGAUCUGCGCCUGUGGAAGCUUGCAAGAACAAAUAUGCGGGAUCUCUUCAUCAGCACACUAGUCAAUAUUCCCCAGUUCAAACGUGUCCUUGGACUAAGGUUCUCUGGUCUGUACACAACCCUCGCACAGCUCUAUCUCGUGGCAGAUCGAGAACCAGACCAUUCCAUCAUAAACCUGUCUUUGCAGUUAUUGACAACGCCCUCGAUCACGGAAGAGGUGAUUGAGCGGGGGAAUUUCCUCACGAACCUGAUGGCUAUUCUUUAUACCUUCCUGACUACCCGGCAAGUGGGAUUCCCUAAGGAUCUCGACCCAGGGGCCACCCUAGGCUUCGACGCUGGAUCCGUUGCCAACCGUCGACUCUAUCAUUUCUUCUCUGAUUUGAGAUACUUCCUCGCCUCCCCAUUUGUACAGGCAAAGGCCCGGAGCGAGCCACAGUAUCUCUUCCAAUUCCUCGACCUAGCGAAGCUGUCCCAGGGCAUCUGUCCAAAUGUGCGAGCUGUGGGAGAACAUGUUGAAUACGAAACGGAUGCUUGGAUCAGUGCCUCUUUAUUGACACGAGAUAUCAACAAGCUCUGUCGACAGUUUGCCGAAGCAUACUAUGUCUCCAAAGACAGCAGUCCUUUGGCUCUACGCUCGACCUGGGACGCAAUCUCGCAUGCUGCAGGUGUCGCAAUCAUAAAUUCUGUCGGGCUUGAACGGCGUCGAUUUGAGCAGGCAGAGAUCAAAGAACCUGUUCGCUUUCACACCGUGGCCCCUUACGGCUACAAGGUCGUCAACUUCGUAGUGGAGAAGGGCGCCUUAAGUUUCCAUCACCCACUGCACUAUACGCUCUCCUGGUUAUUAGAAUGUGGGAAGGAAUUUAAACAGUCCAUAAAUACUCUCCGGGAUACUGCGCAGACGUUCUUGUCCCACCUAUACGAUAUCCAUCUAGGACCCCGAGACGCCCCAAUCAAGACUGCUCUCAACUCGGCCGACGAUGCCCUCCUUGCAAUGUUCGACUUUCCCCUUCGUGUGUGUGCCUGGCUGGCGCAGAUGAAGGCCAAUCUGUGGGUCCGCAAUGGGAUGAGUCUGCGCCAUCAGAUGGUCCAGUACAAAAGCGUCGCCCAUCGUGAUGUUGGCCACCAUCGAGACUUGUUUCUCCUGCAAACGGCACUGGUAGUCUGUGACCCCGGCCGAGUGCUGGCGUCGAUGAUCGACCGGUUCGGCCUCUCUGCUUGGAUGCGGAAUGGAUUUGAGUCCCUCGAGAUCUGCGACGACAACCAGAUGCUGGACCUGGCGGAAGAUUUUGUCUACCUUUUGAUCAAUCUACUCUCCGACAGGGAUGCUCUCAUUUCCGACCGAGACGACCCAGAAUCUCAACUCCUUACGCUUCGAAAAGACAUUGCUCAUACGCUCUGUUUCAAACCGCUGUCAUACUCGGACCUCUAUGCUCGCCUAACGGAAAGAGCACAAGACCACGAACAGUUACAAGAAGUCCUUGAGCAGAUGACCAAAUAUAGGCCCCCAGAAGGCCUCCAUGACUCUGGCUUGUUUGAGUUGAAAGAGGAGUACUUGCAAGAGCUGGAUCCAUACAACUCCCAUUUCACCAAAAACCAGAGAGAUGAGGCCGAGAACAUCUACAAAAACUGGAUGGGCAAAAAGUUGCACAAGCCACCGGAAGACAUAGUGCUGGAUCCCAAGCUGCAUCCUAUCCCCUGCGAGGCGUACGCCAAUCUCUGUGCCGUUGUCAACACCACUCUUUUCGCAGAUGUCAUCCACAAAGCGCUGGUCUACGUCGCCCACGGUCAUAAGUCCAAGGCUGGUGUUUCGGCAACUCGCGUUGAAGCCUUUUUUCAAAUUGUUCUCCAACUCGCGCUGAUUGCUACGUUGGAAGACGAUUCGACUCAUGAUGCGGUUGAAAGCCCCUCCUUCAUUCGCCAUGCCAUGAAGCUAGAAUUCGAAUCCUUCAACAGUCCACCAUCCACCAUCGUUGCGGUGCUAUCCAAAAUAUGGCUCAUGGAAGAAUUCAGCUCUUGCCGAAGCAAGAUCAGACAUAUGCUGCGGCUGUUCCAUCAGAGCUUGCCCGACCAGUUCACUACGGCGACACGAAACUUGGAUUUUCCUUCUGGCAGAUUUGACACAGCUUCUCCUGCCAACGUCGAAAACGAGAUCGAGGCCAAGAAGAAACAGGCAAUGGAACGAAAAGCAAGAGUCAUGGCCCAAUUUCAGCAGCAACAACAAAGUUUUAUGGACAAACAAGGCAUGACCGACUGGGGAGAUGAAGACUUGGAGUCCCCAGAUGAAGAGCUACCCAAAUCAACUGAAAUGCGGCACUGGAAAUAUCCUGCGGGUCUAUGUAUACAAUGUCGUGAAGAUACGUCUGAUUCGAGAUUCUAUGGCACGUUUGCUAUGGUCACCGACGCCCACAUCUUACGGGAAACAAAUACGGAUGAUGUCGACUUUGUUGGUGAGCUCUUUGCGAUCCCGGACAACCUGGAUCGCUCUCUCGAGAAUAUCCGGCCAUUUGGUGUCUCGGGAUCCAAUCAUGAACAAGUGAAGCGUCUGACAGCGGAUGGCCAGGAGGUCACCGUUGAUUUUCAAGGGUUAGGUAAAGGCUGGCCACAAGGGUAUACUAUGAAGGGACCCGUCUCGACCAGCUGUGGGCACAUUAUGCAUUUUACGUGUUUCGAAAACUACUAUCAGUCAAUUACACGGAGGCAUUCGCAACAGGUUGCCAGGAAUCACCCUGAACGGAUAUCUUUGAAGGAGUUCGUCUGCCCGCUGUGCAAGGCGCUUGCGAAUACCUUCCUGCCGAUCGUGUGGAAACAUUCACAGCAGUCCUACCCCGGAACGCUCGAGGUGUCGCAAGAGUUCGACUCUUUCUUGGACAAGAAUCUGCCAUCAGUCGAUUCGCCGACUGCCGCUCAAGAUCCCUCCUUCAAUGCGCAUGCUUCACAGACCUACUUGCAGACGUUGGCAACAUUCUCCAACAGCUCACUGGCCCCGGCCAUAGCUCGCUGGCAAUCAGGUGAUCUCACAAUAAGUCCCACAAGUCAAGCAUGGGCCGAGCGACCCGAGCUUACCGCUUUCGCUGAGCUCUCAAGCAUCUACGGUCGCCUUCGAGAAACUCUCGCGAUUGUAGCGGCGACCAGCCGAGUCGUGGCUCCUCGGGAAGACUCGUCCCUGAACCACUUUCAGCUCCUGGUCGACACAUUGGCCAAUACCAUAGCUUCCGUCGAGAUCGGUCACCGGGGCCGCGAGGCCGAAUUUGGCACUUCGCUGUUGACAAGCAUACCGCAACAGACGCUCAGCCACCUACAAACACUGUCAUCGACCUUGAAAGCCUACGCCGCGACAGGUGCCUUGACGGUCCGUGGUUCUGUCGAGACGCAGUAUCGAGAACUUUGCGACCGUCUCGAGCGUCAGCUUGUUGGAACAUCGGGAAAUCCGACGCCAUCACCCGAGUCCGAGAACGAAUUGCCUCUCCUUUGUACAGAGCCUUUCCAGUUUCUGGUCCAGGCAACAAUGGUGCUUGGUCCCAUUCGAAACCUACAGUUGCGACAUGUUUUACAAAUGGCUCUGACUAUUGAGCUCCUCCGAGUGGUUGUGGCUUUCUUACUCAACUCAACCGCCCUCCUGAAGGUGGGUGAAAUGCUCACUCAAAACCAGAUCCGCCAUGCCACUAUUCCCACCACGGAAACAGAGCAGCUACGGAGCGUGGAAAGCAUUGUGCUAUGGGCCAUACAACAGAUCCGACAAACCAACAGCGGUUACGACAUUCCCAAUAACUUGCAGCAAAUGUCACCCAGUACAGCAGGGAUGUUAUUCAAGCUAUGCAAGGUGUAUGCACUCGCUUUUCUACGUAAAUCCGCCAUCUUCUUUCACGUCGCGCAUGGUGUCGAUUUUCCCACCACAGCUGGCUCUGAAGCAGGGUUGUCCGAGCUCGAGCGUCUGUGCCAUCUCUUACACUUGCCAAAUAUUGAUGACAUUCUCCGGUCCUUUGGCGAGUACUCGACGUCGGACGCUUUGAAAAAUCGGGCAGGCAUCUGGCUUCAGCAAUGUAUACAGUUCGAAGUGAAGAGCAAGAUGAUGCUUCAGCUUGUCGGGGUACCUAUGCGCCCGCUGGGUGUCAAGUUGUUGCACCCGGCACCGUUUGAGUUGAUUGGGCUUCCGAAAUACUUUGAUGUUUUGAUGGAAGAGUCGCACAAACGCCGGUGUCCUACCACGGGCAAAGAGGUGUUGGACCCUGCGCUCUGCCUGUUUUGCGGCGAGAUCUUCUGUUCGCAGACUGUCUGCUGCCAAACAAAAGAUAAGCGUGGCGGCUGCAAUGCGCAUGUCCAAAAGUGUUCGAGCCCGAUCGGCAUGUUCUUGUUUAUACGCAAAUGUCAUGUAGCACUACUGCAUGUCACAAAGGACCCCAAAGCUGGCAUUCAAGAUGCUCUCCUCCGGCGAGUCCAAGGGCUACCACCAAGCUCUACCAUGAGCCACGGAUCGUUCUUCCCAGCACCAUACCUGACUAAACAUGGGGAGACGGAUUCGGGGUUGAGAUCGAAACACCAGUUAAUUCUCAACCAGAAGCGGUACGACAAGUUGCUGAGAGAUACGUGGUUGAUGAUCAAUGGCAGUGUGUGGAGCACAAUUGCUAGGAAGCUGGAGAGUGAGGUCAAUGCCGGCGGAUGGGAAACACUGUAG